AUGGGGGCUUUUCUCAUCCCAAAGCACCUCUGUAGACAGAUGGAUGCCCAGCUCUGCAAAUUCUGGUGGGGAGAAUCUCUUGACCCAAAAUAUAGAAAGCUCCAUCUUUUGGGUUGGGAUACUCUGUGCUCCCCUAAAUAUGAAGGUGGUUUGGGUUUCAGAAAAGCUGAGCUAAAUAAUCUUGUCAUGUUAGCAAGGAAUGCUUGGAAAAUUAUUGAAAACCCUGAUUGCAUGUUGGCUAAGAUUUUAAAAGUUAGAUAUUCCCCUAAGACUGAUUUUCUGAAUGCCAAAUGUCCUGAUAAAUGCUCUUUGACCUGGAAAUGCCUUCAUGGUAUAAAGGAGUUGAUUAAACCCUUUGUUUCUUGGAUUAUUGGGGAUGGAAAGUUUAUCGACCCCUGGUGUGAUAAAUGGAUUCCAAAUUUGGGUUCUGCUACUCCCAACCCUCUCACCCUUCAGGACCCUAGCAUAAAAGUUGAUUACUUCAUUGAUAACCAUACUAGAACAUGGAAUGUUUCUAGACUCUCUACCCACUUUGAUGAUGCUUUUGUUAAGAAGAUCGUCACUAUUCCCUUAAGCCAGCAUUGCACUCCUGAUAGGAGGGCUUGA